AUGAACCCAUUCAUAUUUAUAAGACUGUUCAGGCGAAGACACAAGUUGUCUCUAUACACUGCUAUAGGAAUAAUAAUUGUGUUGGCAUAUCUUGGAAUUGGAUCACUUUUCCUCACAUCUGAAGAGGGCCAAACACGUCUAGGAUCAACCAAAUCAUUAAUUACCAAUCCUGCUGAUACUGAAAAUUGGUGGGAAUGGUUCUCUUUAGGAUCAUUGGUUCCCCUGUACUUUAAAGAGUCUCCCACAUUAAUUUCUCCAGCAGUGAGAGGACCUUCCAUUAGCAUAAACCAACAAAUUCUUAAGGAAUUAGGUCAAACUCCUCCAUUAAAGGAAAUGACAAAUAAAAGAGCCAAAAUAGAUUUCAUAAAGGCAAAUUACUUGAAAACUGAUCCAGAUUAUGAACGUUUAAGAAAAGUUCAUUUAUUCCAUGAAAGCAUAUUCACAACUCUUGAUGAAGGGAAACCUGAUAUUCCUCCUUUAGAUUCCUAUGCAUCAUCUGAGCGUAUUUAUCAUGCUCGGUACAACACCUUGGCUGAUGAAAAAAACUCCGAAGAUCCAAUAUUCACUAAUGAAUAUUUAGGAAAGUUUCUUCAAUUAUCGGAUGAAGUAAUGGCAGAAAUGAUAAGAUCUCAUAAAUAUGUACGAGAUAAUUUGCCCAAUAAAGCUCCUAAGGGGUUAUAUGCAAAUGAUGGGAUUGUUUAUGUCGGAGGUGGCGGGUUCAAUUGGUUGACUUUACUUUCAAUCAAAUCACUUCGUUCGAUGGGUUCAACAUUACCAGUGGAAGUGCUUAUUCCUAAAUUAAAUGAAUAUGAAUUGGAUUUUUGUGAACGGGUACUUCCUGCUUUCAAUGCAAAAUGUAUAUUCCUUCCGCAAAGGCUUUAUGAUAUCGAUAGUGAAGAAGAAUCAGUUAUUAAAAAAUUCUCCUUUAAAGGUUAUCAAUAUAAACCUCUUGCCAUAUUAUUAUCAUCAUUUGAAAAUGUUCUAUUGUUAGAUAGUGAUAAUAUUCCUGUUCAUUCACCAGAUAGAUUAUUUUCCCUGGAACCUUUCAAAUCAAAGGGAUUCAUUGUGUGGCCUGAUUUUUGGCGUAGAGCUACUUCUCCAAGUUUUUAUGAUAUUGCAGGAAUGACUGUGUCUCCAAAGCUUUUUAAUCAAGAAUAUGAUGAAGUUAAAGGAAUUUAUAAUAUUUUUAAGCCUUCUUCAUCAGACAAACAGAUUCCACUUCAUUUAUUUAAAGGUACAAUUCCAGAUCCAACUUCUGAAUCCGGACAAUUGAUGAUUUCAAAGAAAACACAUAUGAAACCAUUACUUUUAGCUCUUUACUAUAAUCUUUAUGGACCUUCAUAUUUCUAUCCCUUAUUUUCUCAAGGAUCCGAUGGAGAAGGUGAUAAGGAAACAUUUUUAGCAGCAACCUUUGUUUUAGGUAAACCAUUUUAUCAAGUUUCCAAAUUUUUGAAUGCCAUGGGAUACAUUGAUAUACGGCAAGACUUUGUUGGAACAGGAAUGGGACAAUAUGACCCCGUUGAAGAUUACCUUUCACUCUCUUAUAAGAAGAAGAAUAUUCCAAUUCCAACUUCAUUAAGAGAUAUUGGAUCUGGUCCAACUAUUGAAGAAUUCCCCAAGAUUCUUUUUGUUCAUGCCAAUAUACCCAAAUUAAACCCUUGGACACUUAAAAUAAACCGUCAAAUCUUUAAUGAAAAGGGUGAAAGAUUUAGAUUGUAUGGUACAGGAAUGAAAUUACGUACAGGGUAUGAUUUCGAAACUGUUCAAUACAUUAAUAUGAAGUUUUUACUAUGUGAGUUGCACAUUAACUUGGCAACUUUUGAGGACAUAGACAGAAAGGAAUUGUGUCGAGAAAUUGUUACUCAUUUGAAUUUCCUCAAGUCAACUUCUAAUACUCUUGAAAGAUGA